AUGGAGACCUCAAAGAAGGCUUCCUCAUGGGCGAAGACGCCACCGACCCAGAACAAAACCUCCCCCUCUCCCCUUCAUGUCGCACCCCGCAACCAAUGGCCCUCCCACCCCACCGCAACCUUCUUCCGCCCCGCCCUCUACACCUACUACACCGCCAUGCUCACCUUCUCCCGCCGCCUCCUCCGCAUCUUCGCCCUCGCUUUGGAUCUUCCAGAAGACCACUUCGACAGCAUCACGAAACACCCCAUGACCAACGUCCGCGCAGUGCACUACCCACCCCAAGCCUCCGACUCCGACGUCGGCAUCGGCGCCCACACUGACUUCUGCUGGUUCACGCUCGUGACCCAAAGCCACACCGCGUACCCCGCGCUGGAAGUCCUCAACGCAAACGGCAUAUGGGUCCCCGUGCACCACCAGCCUCACUCGUUUGUGGUGAACAUCGCGGACUUCCUCAAAUUAGUGACUGGGGGAGCGUGGAUGAGUACUGUGCACCGGGUGCGGAAUAUCGGGGGGGAGGAGCGGUAUAGUAUGCCGUUCUUUUUCAGUCCGGAUGAGGAUGCGAGGGUUAGUGUGUUGGAGGGGUUUAGGAGGAGGGGAGUAUGA